CCUCUAAACGUUAUAAAUUGAGGACGAGAAAACGAAAACAGAUACACACCCAUACAUGCAUUAUCACAUACAUACAAACUCUCAACCAGAAAUCAAAAUGUGCUCCUCUGCCCUUCCUAGUUCUUAUCACCAUCACCGCUUAACAUCGCCACCCAAAACAAUUUUCCCAUUCCCAUCCAAAACAACAACCCACUACUACUCACCCAAACCCGACAUUAUUAACAAUCCGACCCGACCCGCGCUGCGACUGAGCAUCAGAGCAAAUGCUUCUACGUCGUCGUUCGAUGCGUUAGCGGUGGCGACGGAGGAAGCGAAUGCGAGCUUGUACGAGGUUCUUGGCGUGCCGGAGUGGGUGGCGGUGGCGGAAUUGAAGCAGGCGUACAAGAAGCUUGCGAGGAAGUUCCAUCCGGACGUGUCGCCACCGGGUCGGGCUGAAGAGUACACAAGGAGGUUUAUUCGUGUGCAGCAGGCCUACGAGACUCUCUCUGAUCCCACAAUGAGAGAGCUCUAUGAUAGAGAUAUGGCUAUGGCCGUCAAGUUCCCCUUCUCCUCUCGCUUCGGCCACCGCCGCGCCACCAGCUUCCACCGUCAACAUCCCCACCCUCACUGUUACACGGU